UUAUAAGACAAAAGUUAGAGAGAGAAAGUGGAAAAAGAUACAAAACAAGUGGAAAAUUCAAGGGUAAUUUAGAAAGUACAAUGAAAAAAAUUAGAAAAAAUGAGGGUAUUAUGCUCUUUAUAUAUAAUUGAAAAAAUAAAAAUAGGAACAAUAUUUUAGAUCUCGAAAAACAAGAACAAUUUUUUAAAUCUCUAAAAUAGGAAAAUAGUAACUAUAAUACGGGACGGAGGGAGUAGGAUGAAAUAAUUAAGACCCAUUUCUCUACCUCACCUCAUUUCAAAAGUCUUGCCAUCACCGCACUCUGCUGGUGAAGCUCUUAGAGGAGCACAACGAUGGCGUUACUUGCCAACCCUUUAAUCCUCUCUUCUUGCUCCAUUCGCAAAUUCAAUCCUCUUAUCCUCUCUCAACGUCGCUUCUUAAUCAAUGUCUCCUCUCGUUUAUCCUAUUUCAGAACUCGGCUUUUCUCCGAUGCUGUUUUGGUUGCAGUUUCGGCUUCGAAAAAUGACGUGUUUACAUCGCCGGAGGUGGCGAAAUCAUUUGAUUUUGAUUGGGAGGAGCGCAUUUACAAUUGGUGGGAUUCUCAAGGUUACUUCAAACCAAAUAUGGAUCAAGGAGGUGAACCUUUUGUUAUUUCAAUGCCACCACCAAAUGUAACAGGAUCAUUACAUAUGGGGCAUGCAAUGUUCGUAACUCUUGAGGAUAUUAUGGUUAGAUAUCACCGCAUGAAGGGAAGACCUACAGUGUGGAUUCCUGGUACUGAUCAUGCAGGCAUCGCUACUCAGUUGGUUGUUGAAAGAAUGCUUGCUUCAGAGGGAAUAAAGAGAGCUGAUUUAGACAGAGAUGAGUUUGUAAAUCAUGUUUGGAAGUGGAAGGAGAAGUAUGGUGGAACCAUUACAAAACAAAUCAAGAGGCUUGGGGCUUCUUGUGAUUGGAGUCGAGAGCAUUUUACUCUUGAUGAACGCCUAAGUCGAGCUGUGAUAGAAGCCUUUGUGAGACUCCAUGAGAAAGGCCUAAUAUACCAAGGUUCAUACAUGGUAAAUUGGUCUCCUAAUCUUCAGACAGCUGUCUCAGAUUUGGAAGUGGAAUAUUCUGAAGAACCAGGUGCUCUCUAUCAUAUUAAAUAUCGCGUGGCUGGAGGCUCAAGGGAGGACUUUCUGACAAUCGCAACGACAAGGCCAGAGACUCUAUUUGGUGAUACAGCUAUUGCCGUUAAUCCUGAGGAUGAACGAUAUGCAAAAUAUGUAGGCUGUCAGGCAAUCGUCCCCAUGACAUAUGGUCGUCAUAUCCCAAUUAUUGCAGAUAAGUAUGUUGAUAAGGAAUUUGGAACUGGUGUCUUGAAGAUAAGCCCAGGGCAUGAUCAUAAUGACUAUCUACUAGCUAGAAAGAUUGGUCUCCCGAUACUUAAUGUUAUGAACAAGGAUGGAACAUUGAAUGAAGUUGCUGGACUUUAUUGUGGGCUAGACCGUUUUGAGGCUAGGGAAAAACUUUGGAAGGAUCUCACCGAGACAGGCUUAGCUGUAAAAAAGGAACCCCACACCUUACGAGUUCCUAGAUCGCAACGAGGCGGAGAAAUAAUUGAGCCACUUGUAAGCAAGCAGUGGUUUGUAACUAUGGAGGCCUUGGCUGAGAAAGCCCUUCAUUCUGUUGAGACAGGAGACCUGACCAUUAUUCCUGAUAGGUUUGAGAAGAUCUAUAAUCACUGGCUAUCAAAUAUAAAGGAUUGGUGUAUAAGUAGACAAUUGUGGUGGGGACAUCGUAUACCAGUCUGGUAUAUUGUGGGAAGAGAUUGUGAAGAAGAAUAUAUAGUUGCCAGGAGUCCAGAUGAAGCACUUCAGAAGGCUCAGCAGAAGUACGGGAAGGAUGCAGAAAUAUAUCAGGACCCAGAUGUUCUAGAUACUUGGUUUUCAAGCUCACUGUGGCCCUUCAGCACACUGGGAUGGCCUGAUGUAUCAGAUGAGGAUUUUAAAAAGUUCUAUCCAACAACAAUGCUUGAAACAGGGCAUGAUAUACUGUUCUUUUGGGUAGCGAGAAUGGUUAUGAUGGGAAUAGAGUUUACAGGAAAUGUACCUUUUCGUUAUGUAUACCUGCAUGGCCUCAUUCGAGACUCUCAAGGAAGAAAGAUGUCCAAAACACUGGGAAAUGUAAUUGAUCCUGUUGACACAAUCAAGGAGUUUGGAACUGAUGCGUUACGAUUUACACUUGCACUGGGAACUGCUGGUCAGGACCUCAAUUUGUCAACCGAAAGAUUGAGUGCAAAUAAGGCUUUCACGAAUAAAUUGUGGAAUGCUGGGAAGUUUGUGCUACAAAACCUGCCUAACCAAAGUGAUAAUAAUGCAUGGGAAACUUUACGUGCAUAUAAGUUCGAUAAAGAAGAGUCAUUGCUGAUGUUGCGAUUGCCAGAGUGCUGGGUGGUGAGAAUUCUUCAGGUAUCAAAACUACACAUGUUGAUUGACCAAGUGACUACAAGUUAUGACAAAUUUUACUUUGGAGAUGUUGCAAGAGAAACUUAUGAUUUCUUUUGGGGAGAUUUUGCUGAUUGGUACAUUGAAGCUAGCAAAGCUCGCCUUUACCAAGCAGAGGAUAACUCUGUGUCCUCUGCAGCAAAAGCAGUACUUCUGUAUGUCUUUGAAAACAUAUUGAAAAUUCUGCAUCCGUUUAUGCCAUUUGUUACCGAGGCUCUUUGGCAGGCAAUCCCCCAUCAAAAAGUGCCUCUGAUAGUAUCUUCAUGGCCAAAAUCUUCACUUCCAGUGUAUUCAAAUGUGAUAAAAAGAUUUGAGAACUUUCAAGCUUUGACUAAGGCUAUCCGUAAUGUUAGAGCUGAAUACUCGGUUGAGCCAGUGAAACGGAUAUCUGCAACUAUAGUUGCCAACCCUGACGUUCUUCAGUACAUCUCUGAAGAGAGAGAUGUUCUAGCUCUCCUAUCCAAGCUAGACCUGCAAGCCUUGCGUUUUGCAGAAUCACUUCCAGAAGAUGCAAAUCAAUCAGUUCACCUAGUUGCCAGUGAAGGUUUGGAAGCAUAUCUUCCUCUUGCCGAUAUGGUAGAUAUCUCUGCUGAAUUGCAGCGGCUUCACAAGCGUCUUCUUAAGAUGGAAGGGGAGUAUAAAGGAAUUAAAGCUCGCCUUGGUUCUCCGAAGUUUUUGGAGAAAGCUCCCGCGGAAAUUGUCCAGGCGUCUCAAGAAAAAGCUCAGGAAAUGGAGGAGAAGAUAAAUCUGACCAAAAACCGAAUAGCUUUUCUUGAAUCAACAGUUUUGGUGACAAACAGUUAAAAGCAUCUCCAGGCAAUUCGUCGGUGUUUUUGCUGUUAAGAGGAUUGUGGUAGGCAGGUAGCAUUCAAGCUGAGAAUCUUAGAAAAUUUCUGUUGAUUCAAAACAACACAUCAUGCAAUUUUGACUCAUUUACAUUCAUGUAUAGUGGUAUUUAAAUAUAAAUCUUGACUUUAGCCAUUUCAUGGGACUCCUCUCUAUUUAAGAGUCAAGGUACAUCAAUUUAGCUAGUGAAUAAUAUAUUCAACAACUAUAUUAUAUAGUGAUAUUUUAAACAAUUUUGCCUUGUUUUUUUAUGUGUUGGGAACAUUUUAAGGUACUCCGUAGCAUUUUUCUUGUGCAUGCGCUGCAGGAAUUUGUAAAACAAAAUUUUCGUUGACAACCUCUAUUGAUCACAAGUAGAAGUGAUCGAGGCCAUAUACUGCAGGUUUAUGAAAUUGUGGUAA